GACGUGUUUACCUUUUCUCCAAGAAGCCGCAUUUUCUUUCUGCGACGAAAAUAGGAGUUUUCUUGGAAAAUUAAACGAGAAAAUGGAAAUCUCAACCAAUAAAAUCUUCCUGAGGAAGACAAAGAGAGGAAAAAUCCUGAAGAUUGUCCGGGAGCAUUAUCUGAGGAAUGACAUCUUCUGUGGUUCAGCUGCUUGUGAAGUAUGCCCGCAGAUGUCCCACGAUAAAGUACUCUCAGAGUGCCCCAAAUCCCCAAGUAGCAGCAUCAAGUAUCCGCAUUAUGUUGUUCCGGACACAAACGUGGUGCUGGAUCAGAUCGAUGUACUCGAGGAGGGUAUCCUUUGCGAUAUUGUGGUGCCUGUGAUUGUCCUGGAGGAGGUGAAGAAUAAGAGUUCAGCUAUUUACAAGCGCUUCCGGGAGCUAAUCGCCAACACAAAGAGGCGAAUCUAUACAUUUGUCAAUGAGCAUCAUCGAGAGACAUUUGUGGAGCGUCAGGCUGGGGAAUCAAGUAAUGAUCGCAAUGAUAGGGCCAUCAGGACGACAAUUGAGUGGUACAACACACACUUGGGGCUCAGUCAGAAGGGCAAGAAGGAUGAGAAGCGCCUGCAGGUCAUCCUCCUGACCAAUGAUGUGGAGAAUAUGAGGAAAUCCCGUGAGAUGGGCAUUGCAGCCUUCACAAUUGAGGAGUACGUGAAGAGUUUGAAGGAACAUCCUGAGUUGCAGGAUAAGCUGGCGAAGAAAUUCUCAGACGAAGGCAAUAAGCCCGAUCUAUUCCCGCUGCAUCUCUCCCCAGGGCAGAUACGGGAUGGUAUUCGUUCUGGACAGCUUCUGCAGGGAUCUUUUAUGCGAUCACGUGAAAACUACCUCGAGGGGUAUGUGAAUGUCGAAGGGAUGGACAAGGCAAUCCUCCUGCAGGGCAGGGAAGCACUAAAUCGUGCCGUAGAUGGGGAUAUUGUAGCUGUGGAGCUCUUUCCGGAAGCUGAAUGGUCAGCUCCGUGUGGGGUGAUUAUUCAAGACGAUGCUGAGGAUCCUGGGGAUGUGCUGGAAGAUGAAUCAGGGCUCCUAAAGACACCCAAAGAGAUCGAAAGGGUGCCUACGGGAAAGAUUGUGGGGAUUAUCCGGCGCAAAUGGAGACAAUACUGCGGAAUUCUCCAGCCAAGCAUCCUCCCGGGAGCUGUGAGGCAUCUCUUUGUACCGGCUGAACCGAAAAUUCCCAAAAUUCGCAUUGAAACACGUCAAGCGGACAAGCUAGCACAGCAGAGAAUCAUCGUGGCCAUUGAUCAGUGGCCAAGGUACUCACGCUACCCACUGGGACACUUUGUACGUGCUCUGGGGCCUCUUGGAGACAAGGAAACAGAGAAUGAAGUCAUUCUCCUUGAGCACGAUAUCCCACACAGUAAUUUCUCCGAGGAAGUUCUCAGUUUCCUGCCCAAAAUGCCUUGGAUGAUCACAGAUAAGGAUCUGGAGAAGCGUGUGGAUUUACGGGGGAUUACCAUCUGUUCAGUUGAUCCGCCCGGAUGUACGGAUAUUGACGAUGCUCUGCAUGCAAGACGUCUCUCGGAGAAUCGUAUCGAGGUUGGGGUGCAUAUUGCAGAUGUGAGUCACUUUAUAAAGCCCGGAAAUGCCCUGGACAAGGAGGCAUCCAUGCGGGCAACCACAGUGUACCUCGUGGAGAAACGCAUUGACAUGGUUCCGGAACUUUUGAGUUCAAACCUCUGUUCCCUGCGUGGUGGUGAGGAGAGAUUUGCCUUCUCAUGCGUCUGGGAAUUGGACAAUGAGGCAAACAUCGUGGAGACAAAGUUCUUCAAGAGUGUCAUCCAUUCCAAGAGCGCACUGACCUACGAACAAGCUCAACUGAUCAUUGAUGAUCCCUCCAAGAAGGAUGACCUCGCAAAAUCCCUCCGGGAACUCAAUAGAUUGGCGAAGAUUCUCAAGAAGAAACGAAUUGAGAAUGGAGCUCUGGUGCUGGCAUCACCACAGAUACGCUUCCUGGUUGACAGUGAGACACACGAUCCCAUCGAGGUGGAGGCAAAGAAAAGCCUGGAAACCAAUUCAAUGGUUGAGGAAUUCAUGUUGUUGGCAAAUAUCUCCGUUGCGGAGAAGAUUGAGAGAGAAUUCCCGGAAUUCGCCAUGCUUAGGCGACAUCCAGAGCCAUCCCAGGGGAAUCUGGACACCCUCGUUAAAGCAGGAGCGAAUCAAGGCUUUGAGAUUAAUACAAAUUCCGGUCGGGAGUUGGCCAUUUCACUGGAUAAGGCCGUGAAGCAGGAUAAUCCGUAUUUCAACACAAUGCUGAGGAUCAUAGCAACGCGAUGCAUGAAUCAGGCUGUUUACUUCAUCAGUGGAACUGUGCAGAAGGAGGAAUUCUUCCACUAUGGUCUCGCUGUGCCCAUUUACACGCACUUUACAUCCCCAAUUCGUCGAUAUGCCGACAUCAUUGUCCAUCGUCUCCUGGCAGCUUGCAUUGGAGCCGAUGGGACGUAUCCGGAGCUUCUGGAUAAGCAAUCUUCGGCUGAAUUGUGCAAGAAUCUGAAUUAUCGCAAUCGCAUGGCUCAGUACGCGGGGAGAGCAUCUGUGGCCCUUAAUACCCAUCUCUUCUUCCGCGGAAAGGCUCAAGAGGAGGAAGGAUACGUUUUGCUGGUGCGCAAGAAUGCUCUGCAGAUCAUCAUUCCCAAAUUCGGACUUGAGGGCACAAUUUACGUCAAGGACAAGGCAGGAAGGAAUAAAACAGCCGCUCCCUUCACCUACGAUGAACACAAUCAAACCCUCCAGAGUGGGAAGAUCAUUUUCCAUGCCUUUGAUCCUGUCACAGUGCGCCUUAGUCUCGACUCAACGAAUGUGCAGCAUGAGAAGCUCCUAUUUGAUCUUGUAAAGCCACACAUUGAGGGAUUCAGUGUGCCACAGACGCAGAGUCAGGAGGGCGAGAAGAGGAAGGAAGCACCAACUGAGUCCGGAAAGAAGAAGCACAAAAAGGGGAAAAAGUGAAAAGAAUUGAUUUAAAUUGAUUUAUUAAAAAAAAAAUGUUAUUUUUGAGAAUAAAAAGACGCAAAAUAAAGAAUUUUUUUUUAAUAAAAAAAUAUCAAAAAAUAA